UUGAGCGUCUUAUGUGACGCGGCAUUCUUGGAAGCCUUGACCUCGACGCGAGACGUAUGUACACACAUGUAUGUAUACACACGCAUAAAGAGCAACACUAGUAGCCUAAUUUCACGUCAGUCUAACCGAGUCUAGCGUCGCGGUAACAUCGUCGUGCGGUCUCUCAUUAUAUUAUUAAUUAGAUUCGUCGCAAUUUCAUCGUCCCUACAAGAUUCUGUCACUUCUGUCAUUUCUGUUAGCUCUUUCAAAUUUCUCGUAUAAUAAAGCGAUCGAAAUUAGUGAAUCGUUUCUCGCGUGGCGUUUAUUUGAAAACGAAAUAAUCGCGAUCGUGUCGCGUGAAAUUCGCGUCUCGUCGAUUUUCUUACUCAAUUAUUCGAGGUCACGUGAUCGGAGAUUACUCGCGGGCAUCUUCAGUUGUAUCAUAUUGCUCCUCGAUUGCGAACGAGUCAGUGACAGCUGUGUGAUUUUUCGUAUCGUUUACACGUCGAUGGUGAAUUUUGUGCGCGAACGAGAGUCGGGAGUGUCGUAUCGAGUAACGGGCGAUCGUCUGACAAUGAGUGUAAAAAUCAGAUCGAUGGACUUUCGUAAACACUGAUCUACGGGCGUUCGUCGUACAUUAAACGUGACGUCAUCACUGUCGGCGCCAAAAUUCUUAUACGAGUUUUAAAUAUCAAUCUCUCUGUGACAGACAGUAUACCGAGAAGCAUAUCAGAAUAUCUGACGUUGCGAUGAUAUGACAGUGACGUAUAGCGUGCGUUCAGCUUUAUUCGAGCGCGAGUGUCAAGAGGAUCGUCGAGGGAUUUGAGACGAAUUUUUAUCGAGACACAAGUGAUCUCUCUUGCGAUAUUCUAGUGUGCCUCGCCAUUUUCGGCAACCGGAUUUUCUACCGGCGAACGAUCUUGAUUCCGAUAAACCGGCGCGUGUGUAUCUCGUGUCAUUUACUCUCGCGAGUCUAAGUGCGUGUCUGUAAAAUGUCCGGGAGUGCCGUACGAAGUAACGGGCGAUCGUUAUGUACGAAUUACUCGGUGUUGUGUGCGUGAGGGAGAUCGCAAGAGCAAUCAGCAGCGUGUCCACGUGGAUGAUCAUCUUGGAUGGCGCGAAGGAACAGCCAGCAGCAGCCAGACAAAGGGAGGAGUGGAGGCGAUACUGAAAUCCUGUUUCAUCGUGAAAUGGAGCGCUCGAAUAGAUCGCGCAAAUAACGCGAUCGCAGUCGAUCCUGCGGACAAUAGUAAUCGUGAGAGGAGGUCCUCUAUCCACUUGGGCAUUUUCGACGAGGCGCCGCUCCGUUAGCCGACACUUGUGUGCAACAUGUUCGGGACGAAAUUGCGCACGUGGAUGGAGGCACACAUCGUGCGAUCGAAGAAAAAGAAGGACCGCAAGAAGGGUGACAAGGGAUUCGACUCGAACUGCAACUCCCCCAGGAACCACAGCGCCAACAGAUCGCCCGCUUUGCAUCAGGUACAUCCGAUAGACUCACCGACGAAGAACGUGGACGGUAUCCGGUUACACGGGGGCGGCUACGGGGCGACCGUGACCACCUCGUCCGGCACUUCCGGCGGUACCGGCGGAAGCGUGAGCCUCUCCUCUCCGGAGAGCGCGUACUCGACCGGGUACUCGACUGACGGCACCUCGCCCGGCACCAGUUUCCCGCCCGAAUAUUACAUCAACAUCAGGACUGGCACUCAUUACUUCCAGAGCAGCGAUAACGGAGGUGCGAACACCACCGCCACCACCAUCACUAAUAACAAUAACAACAAUAGCAAGGCCAGGACGAAGAGGUUGCCGGACGACGCCGGGAAUCUACUACCGGGCGCAUCGGGAAAUGGAAGAGUCGAGGACAGGGGGCAGUCAUCCGCGAGCACGACGACCAUGACCAGGGACAACGGUCAGCCGGAAGUACGAACGAGCACGCCACACAAAAACCCGGAAACGAAUCAUAAUCAGAGGCAGCAACAGCAGGCGCAGCAACCGAGGCAGCAAGCGAGCUCGCACCGUCGAACGGAAUCGUUUUCGGCUGACUCUUCGAGAAACAACCUGCCUGUUCCAUCAUCGAUACCGCCGCCGUUGGUUUCGCCACCGGUGCAAUCACCCCGCGAACGUUCUCGCAUCCGGACGAACCCGUGGCUGUCGGCGAACUCAUCUGGUUCCAGCACGAAUGGCCUGAAAUCGCGACACGCCCGGGACGAGAGCAGCAGCAGCUCCGGCUUGAAGCUCACGGAGUCAUCGGGUAGUGCCAGCGACGUCAACCUGAAUCUGAACAACAGCAGGGAGCCUCAGAGCAAAAGGGAGCAUCGUCAAGAGAGCCUCAGCGCAGGUCGAAGCCCUAUCUCUUGCAGGAUCAAUCAAAACUGGAGGAUUACAUCGGGCAUGGAUCUUCGACCCAAGAUUCCUCUAUCUUUGCAACGACGAGCCAGCAGCAGUAGCUCCUCGGCGUCCUCGGUGACGCGAAGCGCACGCUCGUCCGAGGACGACAUCACCCUAAACGAGAUGAUGGGUAAAUUCGACGAGAGCUACGUGUACGAGAAGGAAACGGACAUCCUGUCGGAUAGCGACCCGACCGAUUGCGAGGAUUACAUCGACUCGCUAUCGGACAUCGAUACCGGUCAGGACGGCGGCGACGAGAACGAUCCGUUCGAGAAUGACGAGCUCGAUUACAUUGACAACGGCUCGUUUCUCGAUCUGGACAAUCUGGAGUGCGAUGGUACCGGCCAUUUCCCCAAUACCGGUCACUGUACCUACUUCGCCUUCACAAGCGAACUUAACAGGCGCGGCACCAGGCUCCGCGAUUCCAUUCUCAAGCGCAGAAACAAGGAUGAGAUCGGCUCUCAGAGAAAUACGAAUGCGAGAGCCAGCGCGAAAAGGCAGAGCGCGCGACAUAAGAAGACGGAUGACAAGCAGAGCGAGAAACGCAAAAAGAGGAUAUCGCAGCGUCGCAAGCUUGCUCUGGACCGAUGCGACGACGAGGCAGCGAAUCUGAAUCGCGUGCUGGUGGAGAGAAUGUUACUGAAGAAUUCGGGAUUCAAUCAGGGUAGCAGAAGCGUGGGCGGCACACCGAUGUGCCUGCGACGCAGGAAGCACGAUGUCAACAAGAAUCUUUCGCCGAUGAGGGUGAACGAUAACUCGUCGAUCGUCAGACCCUCUGUGAUAGAGAAUGAGAUCGUGAAGAGGCGAUCGAACUCGGUAAGCUACGUAAACGGCAACAUGGUGCGGCGCCAUGUAGCCGGCAAUACGUACAUGACUACAUUCGCGUCGGAGAUCGCGCUGAUCGAGGCGGAUAAAGAGGCCGAUCGUAAAUAUCGUGAACUCAUCUUGGAGGCGGAGAACAUUCUCGUGAGCAUGCAGAAGCACCAGAACCCGUCACUGUGCAUACCAUCGCCGUCGCGCAAACUGCACAACGGUCUCGCGAACAAGCGCGUCGAACUUAUCAAGAAUACGGAGUUGAACAUCGAGUUGGCGCUAUCCAAGAGCCGCAAUUCCCAACCGGAGCUACAAAGCGGUAACAUUCGGGAUCUGGAGCACACCAGUCCGAAGCGACAAUUCACUCAGCCGUGUUCACCGAUUCACCGAUUCAUGGAGAGAAACUCGCCAGCUGGAACUUUCGCACCGAAGGAGCCUUCUCCGCCAACCUUUCGACAACAUGAAAUGUCCAAGUGUCCGGAUUCGCCGAUAAUGCUGCGCAGGACGACGCCCCAGAGCUCGCCCAGCAGAAGUCUGAUGCAUCACCAGAUACAUCGGGCACGCAACGGUGGUGAUUUAGAACUCAAGGAAUGCAACAAAUCGCCUCGGAUCGCUUUGAACUGCAACGGCGGAUCGAGAGUGGAAGCGAUGGAUACGAAGAACUCUCAUGGGGAUAAGGUACACGCGAAUGGGAUGAGUUCCUCUCUCGCCGGAGGUAGAAAGGAGUUUCGUGCCCCGAGGGACUCGACAAAGGAAGAAGGUAUGACGUCCAGCUCGUCGGAUUCCGAGGAAAAAUGUGACAUGAGACGAAGGGCUCCAUUGAUGACCUUCAGGUCAAUCGACAUGGGUCCUAUUAAAGAAGGUUCUUCCUAUUGUCCGCAAAGCGAACCGGUAAAAAGAAAGGUUUAUGCCGGAAGCGCAACAUAUGGCAGAAUACAAAAGACACUGGGCGAGCAUAUUUUGCUGAGAAACUCUGACGGCGAUACAGCAACCGAUGAUACUGAUGAUUCAAAAAGAUCUCUGAAGGAGAAAAUGGCACAAUUGCGACAAGAACGACUGGCAGCUGAGGCAAACGCGAACAACAUCCAGGAUUCACAGUUCUUCCAGCAUCAGUUGUCUCAGCUACGACGGCAGAUGCUAAUGCAGACGAUAGAGGGUUUGAAACGUAGUCUCGAGGACCAAUCAGCCACUCUGAAACAAACUUGUCUAGAACCGACGAGCCUGUUGACCGACGAGCUGCCUUGAAGCUAAACGGUCGGCUUGUUUCCGGUCUAUCAUGCCGCACGAUCAUGAUUAAAGAAUUUAUGAUAUUUCUUCGAGGAAAAAGUGGACACCGGACAGGAUCGACGUUACGAGUCCUGUCUUUGGAAUCCGCGAUUGGUUAAACCGCCGCGCGCACUGCGAGGAGUAUUGAUCAAGUGCGGCGUUUUCUCCAUGCGCGCCGAAAACCGAAUUAUUAUAAUGACGCGAUCCUCCUCGGGCUCGACGAUACCGUGGUCGGCUGAGUGCGGGUGCGCACAUUAAAUCUCUAUUUUUCUGUCCGUCUACAUGAUGUGUAUGUAUGAAAGAGAGAGAAAGGAAAGAAGAGAGAAAGAAAGAAUCGAAAUUGAGAAUGUCGUGUAUCCUUGUUGGGCAUUGUUCCACUCUGUUAUUCGUUUCACACAGUAAUUAACGUUUCUCACGAACUUUCCUUUCGUCUUUUAGUUCGCAACUUCGCGCAGAUAGGCCAACUUUCGGUUGCCGCUUUAGAUUAGCUUUCGCUAGCUCGAUUCUCAUCGUUCGAUUUAUCGUCGUGUAGUGUGCUCACUCUGAAAUUUUCUAAAAUGAUGGGAAAUUUUCACGUAUCGUCGAAUACACGAGAUUCGUCCUGAAACGCUAAUGUGGAAUUAUUGAUAAUUAACAUAUUGCUAAAUAAUCAUAUAAUAUCAAUUAAUAUUAUUACUGCUAUAUAUUAACAUUAUUAUAAUUGAUAUUUUUUAAAAUAAAUAUAAUGCGAAACGUAAUAUUAUAUCAGUCAUUAGUAUGUUAUUACGAAAUUUGCAAUAGUUACAAAAGAAAAAGAAGAAAGGAAUAACAUGUACUAGUUUGAAAUUGCACUAGGCUCUGACAGUCCCCAUUAGCGUUUUAGGAUUGAGCUUAUACUACUCAACAUCUAACGGGCCUAUUCACGGGUGUCUGUCUUUGAUAUGCUUUAGAAGGACAAAGAAACAUAGUAAAAAAUCGUAAAAAAAAGGUCAAAAGUAAGUCAUGCGAAUGAAUAAUAAUAUCAAUAUCAAAAAAAGCGCAUAGAUAUUUAGCGUAUAUCCAUCUAACCGAUUUAGAGACUCAUGGAUUUAGCUGAAACACUAGUAGCGGAUAGGCACAAUUUAAAACUUAUAUAAGAUUAUAUCCCAUUUUAGACAUUAGGAGAAUGUUAAACACGAUACAUGCCCAAUGAAUAUGGCCCAAUCCUGAUUGAAACGUAGUUGAGGAAAGGUAGCAUUGACAGACAUAGCGAUAUUGAUUUGUUUGAUUGAUUGUUUGAGCCUCAUCAAGGCAAAUAAAUUUCCCAUAAAUAUACACUCAUUAAGUAAAUUAUGUAUCAUCAUCUCUAUGAUGGAUAUGACUAAUUUUUAUCAAUAUUUCAUAAAAAGAAAAAAUGGAAGCUCACACAAAUAUUUAAUUUAAUUAAAUAUUAAAUAGUAAAAGAGAUUAUAAUAGAGAUUAAACUUCAAAAUCGAUCAAAAUAUGAAUCAAGGUUUCCUUUCCGCGACGAUCUCGUUUCUUUCAACUUAAUCUGUCGCAAAUAUAUAUGGCGCAUGCACCUCUUCCGCUUUGAAUUUAAUUGGACAUAAUUAUACAAAAGUAAAUCCCAUCAUAUAUAUUAUACCAAUGAUAAUACACACACAUAUAUAUAUAUAGCAAAAAGCUAUAUUCUAUGCUCUUCUUCAUAAUUAUGUCCAAUUUUUCAACUAUAAACGUCACUUAUUUUUCACCCAAGAAAAUAAUCGUUUCUCGUUGCGAAAGAAACAUCAUAACUAUCUUACACAUAUUAUUCAUAAUGUUCCUAUUUCUAUGCGAUAUUCUUCCCGGAAGCGAGAUUUUCUCCAGUGAAUGAUCACACACAUUUGUCUCUGAAUAGAGUAAGCAUCCCUCAGAUUAGUAUACCAAAGACGAUAGCUUAGCUAGAAUGUAGAUUAGAAUCGUUUAAUCGAUCAAAAAGCACGCAGCGAUGCAUAUUCGUAAUAUUAGAGGAUCACGGUUAAAGCGUUUUUAGGAAUCUGAAUUUGCUAAUAGGAUAAUUGUUCGAUCAAGCGGAUUACAAAUCUUCCAUAUGAGCCAGAGUCAAAUAUUUCAGCAUUCCAGUGUUCACGACAAAAUUUAUUAGAUAUAUAUUGUUUUUUUUUUUUUCAAAAAUUGUUUUUGUUUUUAUUGUUUUUAAAACAAAUUGACGUUAGUUUUAAGCAAGCAAAGUAUAUAUUUCUUUUAAUGCAAUAUUUUAAAAGUUUGUCUUAUUUAUUUGUUAAAUUGUGAUUCGUAAUUUUAGACUCUGGUUAUAUCGUCGAUAUUUUCGGUCAUAGUGAUAUUUUUGUGAGAAUAGACUGAUAGUGUUAUCGAUUGUUAGAUUAAAAAUUUUUAGUGGUUACUUAUACAUGUGAUUUAUAUGUUAAAGAUCCGAGAAACGACGGACAUUGUAAAACGCGCGCGCAAUAUAUUUAUUUGUGUUAGAUAUUAGAAAGCGUAGUAAAUGAUGAAAGCAUUAGACAAGUAUAGCGGCAGUAGCAUUAGUGCAUUAGGCAAUCGUCAAGUAAACGAAGUCAUACGCAUUAUUUUUCCUCUCCACGUCUUCUGAAUCGCAAUUUGUAAUUCAUUUUCGUACGUACGUCUCGAUGAUUUCCAUUCGAAGAUCGUGAUUUUCGUUUAUGUAGCUUAUUGUGAAGACGAAUUGCAGGAGUUACUUCGAACGAAAGUCUUAACACGAUAGGCUUAACUAUCGUUAAGUGAGGAAAGUUGUUCGAAAGUUUUAUACAUGAAAAAAAAGAAACUGUAUAUAUAUAAAGAAAACAUAAUUUUUAACCAUACUUUACUUUUAUAAUGAUAAGAUGAAUUAAUAUAUCGUGUUGUCAUAAGUUCGAUGAGUUUCAUAAGGUCACAUUGACAUUCCAAUAAUACAAUUUGCGUUUGGUGCUGGAAGAGGCAAUUAUUGUCUGGAUUGAUCUGCGAAAAUCGGUGAAAAUCUGCCCAGUUCCAAAUGUUGCCCUUACCACAAGUGACACACUAGUCAUUCGAUUAUUUACGCAGGGUAUAUAUUGGCAACCAUAAUUUAAGAACGUGCUUGGAGGAAAAGUGGAAUUAUUGUUGGCAAACAACAUCUCUUACUCUCUGUACUCUAAGCCAUGAAAUAAAAUGGUUUUUUUUUAUAUGAUUAUGAAUAAAUUAUAUUAUGUCGUUA